UUUUUAAUUCGUGUUCAAAGUUCACCCCGCCCACUCCUCUCUCGCUCUCUCUCUCCAAACCAAACCCCCCCUCUCUCUAAACGUUGCCGUUUCAUCUCCUUAUCCUUCUCCUCCUCCUCCAGCAUGCCGCGAAAACGACAGCGCAGCACAGCUUCAAAGCCAGAAACGUCGUCGUCUUCUCCUCCAAAAACGCGAAAGAUGAUGUCGACGACGACAGCGCCGAAACAGAGUCGUUUGAAUGAGAAAAAAGCAGAGGAAGAGCAGUCGACAGCGUCUACUCGGAGUCGUUUGAAGGAGAAAAAAGCAGAGAAAGAGCAGUCGAAAGCGGCUGCGCGGAGUUGUUUGAAGGAGAAAAAAGCAGAGGAAGAGCAGUCGACAACGGCUACUCGGAGUCGUUUGAUGGAGAAAGAAGCAGAGGAAGAGCAGUCGACAGCGCCGAAUCGGAGUCGUUUGAGGGAGAAGAAAGUGAAGAAGGAGGAGACAGAGGAGGUGUUCUUAGAUGCAGAGGAGGAUGAUACGAACUCGAUUGAUGAAGUAGGAGCUAAAAUGGGGACUGAUAACGGGGAUUCUAGAUCUGAAACGAAGGAGAAAGAGAAGGAGAAACGCGGAUCUGGCAAAACAAAGAAGAUAUCGACUCCUGAGAAGGCUAAGGAGGAGGAUGGAACGCCGGCGAGGUUUGUCGGAAAUCAAGUUCCUGAUGCAGAAGCGAGAAAGAAGUGGCCUCAUCGAUAUGCUAAUAAGAUAAAGAACAAAACACCAAUUUCAAAACCUUCAAACAGCUUGGAUGAUUCUGAAGAGAUAAUAAAAGCUAGAUGUCAUUACAAGCGGGCAGAGGUUGAUGGGAUCAUCUAUAAUCUCUAUGAUGAUGCUCAUGUUCAAGCUUCUGAUGGAGAAGCAGACUAUAUAUGUAGGAUAAUCGAGAUGUUCGAGGCUGAAGACAGGACCCCACAUUUUACUGCUCAAUGGUACUAUAGGUCUACUGACACGAUUAUUAAAGAUAAGUACAUUUCGGAUCCGAAGUGUGUUUUCUUUUCUGAGAUUCGAAAUGACAAUCCCUUGGACUGCCUUACUCGGAAGCUGAAAAUUGUCAGAUUGGCACUCGGUGUGGAUUCAGAGACUAGACGGGCAAAGACCUUAAAUUGCGACUUCUAUUGUGACAUGCUUUAUUUGCUUCCAUACUCCACCUUUGUCAAGCUACCAUCAGAAAACAAUACAACUGCACCUGAGAGUUCAUCAACAAUAUCCAGUGAUAUUGAUGCUGCUGGGGUAAAGUUUGACUGUGAUGAGGUUUGUGAAAGUAGUGGCCGUAGGAAAUCAGAGGUGGCUUUAUUAGAUUUGUAUUCUGGCUGUGGAGCAAUGUCUACGGGUCUUUGUCUUGGUGCUAACUUGUCUGGUUUAAAUCUUGUCACGAAAUGGGCUGUUGACUUGAAUAAGCAUGCAUGUGAAAGCUUGAGGUUGAAUCAUCCGGAGACACAGGUGAGAAAUGAGACUGCUGAAGACUUCUUAAUGCUACUGAAAGAGUGGGAAAAACUCUGCAUAAGGUUUUCCCUUGUGAAAAAUGAUGACCCGGAAAAACAACAAACAUAUAGUUUUGACAUGGAUGAUGAGGAUGAUGAUGAUGAUGAGGAGGAGGAGGAUGGCGACAACAAUGAUGUCAGUGACAAUAAUGAUGAUUCUGAAGUGUUCGAGGUGGAGAAAAUUCUUGAGGUGUGCCAUGGAGAUCCCAAGGAGAUUGGUGGCCAGCGUGACCUCUACUUCAAGGUUAGUUGGAAAAAUUAUGGACCUGAUUAUGACACUUGGGAACCAAUUAGUGGUUUGAGCAAUUGUCGGGAAGCUAUAAAGAAGUUCGUCAUGCACGGCUACAAGUCAAAUAUUCUGCCAUUACCAGGAGAUGUUGAAGUGAUUUGUGGUGGACCUCCAUGUCAAGGAAUUAGUGGCUUCAAUCGCUUUAGGAAUGUUAAAAAUCCUUUGGAGGAUCCAAAAAACAAGCAGCUUGUUGUUUUUAUGGACAUAGUAGACUUUCUCAAGCCAAAGUUUGUGCUGAUGGAGAAUGUGGUUGACCUUCUGAAGUUUGCUGAUGGAUUUCUAGGACGAUAUGCCAUGGGUUGCCUUGUAAGUAUGAAAUACCAAGCUCGGUUGGGUAUGCUGGCUGCCGGGGCAUAUGGUCUUCCACAGUUUCGUAUGCGAGUUUUUCUAUGGGGUGCUUGCGCUACUGAGAAGUUGCCACAGUAUCCUCUUCCCACCCAUGAUGUUCUUGUUAGGGGUGUUGUUCCUCUAGAGUUUGAGGGCAAUACAGUGGCUUACGAGGAGGGUGUUAAACCUCAAUUAGAAAGGAAAUUGUUUUUAGAGGAUGCAAUAUCUGACCUGCCUGCGGUUGCGAACGAUGAAAAGCGUGAUGAGAUGCCAUAUGGUGAAUCUCCUAAAACAGAAUUUCAACGAAUGAUUAGAUUGAAGAAAAUGGGUUUAGAAUUAAAUGAUUUAUUGUUUGAUCAUCGUCCUCUUGAACUAAAUGACGAUGACUAUCAACGAGUUUGUCAAAUCCCAAAGAGAAAGGGAGGAAAUUUUAGGGAUUUACCUGGUGUACGAGUAAGACCUGAUAAGAAGGUGGAGUGGGAUCCGGAAGUUCCAAGGCAAUACUUGAGCUCAGGAAAACCCUUGGUUCCUGAUUAUGCGAUGACUUUUGUCAAUGGAAGUUCUUCCAAGCCAUUUGCUCGUUUAUGGUGGGAUGAAACUGUCCCAACAGUUGUGACCCGUGCGGAGCCUCAUAAUCAGGCAAUCAUGCAUCCUGAGCAAGAUCGAGUGUUAACAAUUAGAGAGAAUGCAAGAUUACAAGGAUUUCCUGAUUAUUACCAGCUCUGUGGACCUAUUAAAGAAAGGUACAUUCAAGUUGGGAAUGCAGUGGCGGUUCCUGUAGCCAGGGCUCUCGGUUAUGCUUUAGGAAGGGCAUUUCAAGGAUUUGCCGGUGAUGAUCCUGUGUUUAGCUUGCCAAAAAAGUUCCCAAGGAUUACCGAAGAUCCCUCUUCUUCAUCUGAAGCUCAAUGCUAAACAUUCAUAUUAGUAAUUUAUCAUUAUUUUCCAUAUGUACUCAACAAAAUAUUUAUGAUUACCAUAUCCUCGCUCCCUCGUUAAAAGGCUUAUAUGGUAAACUUCAGAUUAUUUUGAAAUGAAAAUGUCAAAACAUUUCCAUGCGGGUUCA